AUGAAGGACGAGGCGAGGGGUAUUCCUGUAAGAGUGGCACUGCGUUGUCGCCCCCUGGUCCCUAGAGAGAUAGGCGAAGGUUGCCAGAUGUGCCUGUCCUUUGUGCCCGGGAAGCCGCAGGUGGUGGUUGGCACUGAUAAAUCCUUCACCUACGAUUUCGUCUUUGACCCCUCCACUGAGCAGGAAGAGAUCUUUAACACAGCGGUAGCGCCGCUCAUAAAAAGCCUAUUUAAAGGUUACAAUGCUACCAUCCUGGCCUAUGGGCAGACUGGCUCCGGUAAGACCUAUUCCAUGGGAGGGGCGUACACCGCAGAGCAAGAGGAUGAACCCACUGUUGGCAUCAUUCCGAGGGUAAUACGACUCCUCUUCAAAGAGAUCGAUAAGAAGAACGACUCUGAAUUCACCUUGAAAGUGUCUUACUUGGAGAUUUACAAGGAAGAAAUUUUGGAUCUUCUGUGCUCACCGCGUGAGAAAGCCUCUCACAUAAACAUCCGGGAGGAUCCCAAGGCAGGCGUCAAGAUUGUGGGACUCACGGAGAGGACGGUUUUCCUGGCCUCGGACACGGUUUCCUGCUUGGAGCAGGGAAACAGCUCUAGGACCGUGGCCUCCACAGCUAUGAACUCCCAGUCGUCCCGCUCUCAUGCCAUCUUCACCAUCUUCAUAGAGCAAAGGAAGAAAACAGACAAGAGCAGCAGCUUUCACUCGAAGCUGUGCCUCGUAGACCUUGCUGGGUCAGAAAGACAGAAGAAAAGCAAGGCUGAAGGGGACCGUCUCAAAGAGGGUAUUAACAUUAACCGAGGUCUCCUCUGCUUGGGAAAUGUCAUCAGCGCUCUCGGGGACGACAGGAAGAACAGCUUUGUGCCCUACAGAGAUUCCAAGUUGACUCGACUGCUCCAAGAUUCUCUAGGGGGCAACAGCCACACACUCAUGAUAGCCUGCGUGAGUCCUGCUGACUCCAGCCUUGAGGAGACAUUAAACACCCUCCGCUAUGCUGACAGAGCAAGGAAAAUCAAGAACAAGCCGGUUAUCAAUAUCGAUCCCCAGACAGCUGAACUCAAUCAUCUUAAGCAACAGGUACAACAGCUCCAGGUCUUGUUGCUCCAGGCCCACGGAGGGGUUCUGCCCGGAUCUACACACGUAGACCCGGCAGAGAGCCUACAGUCCCUGAUGGAGAAGAGUCGGUGCCUGGUAGAGGAGAAUGAAAAGUUGAGUCGUGGUCUGAGUGAGGCAGCCGGUCAGACAGCCCAGAUGUUGGAGAGAAUCAUUUUGAUGGAGCAAGUGAAUGAAAAAAUGAACUCCAAACUAGAAGAGCUCAGGCAGCAUGCAGCCUGCAAACUGGAUCUUCAAAAGCUUCUGGAGACAUUGGAAGAUCAGGAAUUAAAGGAAAAGAUACAGACAUUCCAUAGCCUGCAACAGAUGAUCGCUCAGCUAUCUGAUGAAAACAUUCCUUGUCUGGCUGUAGCCACUGAUUCUAUGGUGGAGCCAGAAGCUCAAGUGGAAACUGAGGCAGAGACCAGCAGGUCUUCCGACACUUUCAGCAUGCGACAUGCCCUGCGUCAGGCUCAGCUGUCCAAAGAGCUCACUGAGUUGAAUAAAGCCCUCACACUGAAAGAGACCCUUGCUAGGAAGAUAACUCGAAAUGACAGACAACUACAGCCCAUCCAGCUCCAUUAUGAGGAUAACAUUAAACAUCUAGAGUCAGAAGUCAACAGUCUGCAGCAAGAAAGGGAAGGAUUGCUUUUUGGCCUUCAGACAGCAAAGGAGGAUGUCGACCAGGCCAAACUGAGUGAGCUCCGCCGCAAACGUCUCCGGGAGCUGGAGGGCCAGAUGGCAGAUCUGAAGAAGAAACUCGAUGAGCAGUCCAGGCUUCUGAGACUGAAGGAGUCCACGGAACACACGGUCUCCAAGCUGAACCUGGAGAUCCGGGCGAUGAAAACCCAGCGAGUACAGUUAAUGCGUCAGAUGAAGGAGGAUGCCGAGAGGUUUAGACAGUGGAGGCAGCGAAAAGACAAAGAAGUGAUUCAGCUCAGAGAACAAGACCGUAAGAGGCAAUAUGAGCUGCUCAAACUCGAAAGGAACUUCCAAAAACAGUCCAGUGUGCUGAGACGAAAGACGGAGGAGGCUGCUGCUGCCAACAAGCGCCUGAAGGAUGCUCUCCAAAAGCAACGGGAGGCUGCAGAAAAAAGGAAAGAGGUUCAGAGCAAGGGAACAGAUGGCUCAGCAGCUCGAGUAAAGAACUGGCUUGGGAAUGAAAUCGAGGUGCUGGUCAGUACUGAGGAAGCCAAGCGCCAUCUGAAUGACCUCCUUGAAGAUAGAAAGAUCCUCGCCCUGGAUGUGGCUCAACUCAAAGAAAGAAAGGAAUCUGGGGAGAACCCACCUCCCAAACUCCGGAGGCGCACUUUCUCCCAAGCUGAAGGGUGUGGGCACAGUUCGGAAUCUGAGGGCUCUAUUACGAAGCAGAUUCAAAGCCUAGAGACAGAAAUGGAACUCAGGAGUGCUCAGAUCGCUGAUCUACAGCAAAAGAUUGUGGAUGCGGAAAGCGAAGAUGGGUCAAAACGACGCUGGGAGAAUAAUGCUUCGCUCCCAGAAGCCAAAUGUGCCCUGAAAUAUUUAAUUGGAGAGGUGGUCUCCUCCAAAAUCCAAGUCAGUAAGCUUGAAAGCAACCUGAAACAGAGCCAGGCCUGCUAUGCUAACAUGCAGAAGAUGCUGUUUGAGGAGCGAAGUCAUCUUGCUGAGGUGGAGACAGAGUUCCAAGCGGAGCUGGUCAGGGUGGAGCAGAAGCACCAAGAGAAGGUGCUGUGCCUUCUCAGCCAGCUGCAGCUGAGCCAAAUGGUGGAGCGGUGGGUGGAGAAGCCAGAGAGCGGGACAGAGCCCCGGCCGCCGAGCCCACUGCACUGUCCGGAUGAGCAGCUUAAAAGAAUGCAAGGCCUAUGUGAGCAAAACCAGCAGCUGCUCCAAGAGAACAAAACCAUCAAACAGAAACUGACUCUCCUCCAAGUAGCCACCAGGGAAAAAUUUCAUCCUCCCAAAAAUGUCUUUCCCCCUCUGGACUCUCCCUUUGAAUACGUCCCACCUAAGCCCAGACCUCCCCGAGUUAAAGAAAAGAUUCUGGAGCAAAGCAUAAACAUAGACGAUCUCAAGUAUCCUUCAGAGAAUUCUAUGGAUGAAGGUGGGGAUGACGGGGAUGAUGAAGAAUGGAGACCCACAAAGUUAGUUAAGGUGUCCAGGAAGACCACCCAGGGGUGUUCCUGCAAGGGCUGGUGUGGGAACAAGCAGUGUGGCUGCAGGAAGCAAAGGUCAGACUGCAGCAGGACCUGUAGCUGUGACCCCACAAAGUGUCGGAACCGCCAGCAAGACCAGGACAGCUUGGCUACUCUGGAGUGGACCCAGGAUUCUGAAGGCUCCUUCAGGCUGGAGGAUCCCACAGAGGUGACCCCAGGAUUGAGCUUCUUCAAGCCAGUCUGCGCCACUCCCAGUAGCAAGAUCCUGAAGGGGAUGUGUGAGAUGGAUCAGGCACCAUUAAGGAAGACUGACCUCCCAGAAAUGAAAGACAGAACAACAGGAUCCCAAGACCAUGAGGCCCCAGGGAAGAAAAAGAAGCGAGUUCUAGCCAGCAACACCAGCUUGUAUUCUGGCUGCUCUCCAAUUGAGGAAGAGACUCACUGA